AUGGGGCAGUCAGCGCUUAGAGGCAGAAGCGGAAUUGAGCCCAGGACGGCUUGGCAGCCAACCGGAACCCUGUGUCCCUCCCCAGCCCCUACUGAGGCUCCACCCAUGGCCUCUCCAGAAGCACAGGAGACUGGAGAGACCCCGGCCAAGGAGAACCACGCGGCCACGGGGGCCGAGCAGACAAGGGCCCCCGCCUCGCCCCUCAGCAGGUCCUGGCUGGUGCGGCACUUCUCACUGCUGCUGCGCCGGGACCGGCAGGCCCAGAAGGCCGGGCAGCUCUUCUCGGGGCUCCUGGCCCUCAACAUGGUGUUCCUGGGCGGAGCCUUCAUCUGCAGCAUGAUCUUCAACAACGUGGCCAUCACGCUGGGGGAUGUGUGGAUCCUGCUGGCGACGCUGAAGGCCCUGGCCCUCCUUUGGCUUCUCUACUACACCGCCAGGACCACCCGCCGGCCGCAAGCCGUGCUCCACCGGGACCCGCACGCAGGACCCGCUUGGGUGCGCGGCUCCCUGGUGCUCUUUGGUAGCUGCGCCAUCUGCCUCAACGUCUUCCGCGUGGGCUACGGCAUGAGCCACAUCCGCUGUAAGUCACAGCUGGAGCUCAUCUUCCCGGCCGUCGAGAUCAUCUUCAUUGGCAUCCAGACCUGGGUGCUCUGGAAGCACUCUAAGGACUGCGUUCAGAUCCAGACCAACUUCACUAGGUGUGGCUUGAUGCUGACGCUGGCCACGAAUCUGCUGCUGUGGCUUCUGGCCGUCACCAACGACUCCAUGCACCAUGAGAUCGAGACCGAGCUCAGCGCCCUCAUGGAAAAGUUCUCAGGCAACAACACCAACACCUGUCUGUGCCUCAACGUCACCGCGUGUGAGGUCUUCCAGAAGGGCUACCUGAUGCUCUACCCCUUCAGCACCGAGUACUCCCUCAUCUGCUGUGGCAUGCUCUUCGUCAUGUGGAAGAACGUGGGCCGCCGCCUGACACCCCACACGGGCUCCCACCCCGGCACCCCGCCCUUCCACCUGCACGGGGCCAUCGUAGGGCCGGUGCUGGGCCUGCUGGUCCUGGUGGCAGGCACGUGCGUCUUCGUGCUCUUCCAGAUCCAAGCAAGUGGCCCUGUCAUCGCGCGCCAGUACUUCACCAUCUACUACGGCUUCCAUGCAGCCGCACUGCCCACUAUGAGCCUGGCGUGCCUGGCGGGCAUGGCCAUCCAUGGGCUGGAGGAGCGAGAGCUAGACACGCUCAAGAACCCCACCCGCAGCCUGGACGUGGUGCUGCUGAUGGGCGCGGCGCUGGGCCAGAUGGGCAUCUCCUACUUCUCUAUCGUGGCCAUCGUGGCCACUCGCCCCCACGAGCUACUCAACCACCUCAUCCUGGCCUAUUCGCUGCUUCUCAUCCUGCAGCACAUAGCCCAGAACCUCUUCAUCAUCGAGGGCCUGCACCGGCGCCCACUCUGGGAGGCAGCUCCCGAGAGCCUGGCGGGGAAGUGGGAGGCCGAGCCUCCCCGCAGGGGCUCCCUGCUGGAGCUGGGCCAGGACCUGCGGCAGGCCUCGCUGGCCUACAUCCACUCCUACAGCCACUUCAACUGGAAGCGGCGGGCCCUCAAGGAGAUCUCACUCUUCCUCAUCCUCUGCAACAUCACACUGUGGAUGAUGCCUGCUUUCGGCAUACACCCCGAGUUCGAGAACGGGCUGGAAAAGGAUUUCUAUGGCUACCGGACAUGGUUCACCAUCGUCAACUUCGGCCUGCCUCUGGGCGUCUUCUACCGUAUGCACUCCGUCGGGGUGCUGGUGGAGGUCUACUUGGGGGCCUGAGAGCGCCCAAGAAACCCACCCCCUGCACACCCCCGAAGUGCCAAGGCUGGGGAGAACGUAACCCAGAUGCCCCAUUCCAGGGGGACCUAGACCAGCCUGGAUUCCCCAAAGCCUCCUCUUCCCCAGAUCCUCACUGGGGUGGGCGGUCACGGCAGCCCAAGGCCAAGGGCAGGACCUGGACACUGAACUGUUAAGGCCCACACCCAGGACUGAGCACACACCUGCCCCCUGCUCGCCACCACAAUCAGCGCAGCCCCGGGAAGCCCACACAGCUACUCUCGGGGACGGUCAGCCCUAAAUGAUUCCAGGGAGUUUGGGGAGGGGCACCCCUACCCGGCCAGGCCUUGGGGGUCUGCCUCCUGCAUGGUCCAAGCUCAGCCCAGGACAUCUGGAAGCUUGC